GGCGAUAUUGCUGGAAGUAGACUACCCGCAGACUGGCAACUACAGCUAUGUUACCUUGACCUGCAAGAGGAGUUCUCUGGACGGCCUUAAUUUCAACCAAAGACCAGCCACGUUCUGGCGAGGAACAUCACGAAUCACCACUGGAUCUCAACUGGUGGCGGAGACAGAGGUUAGCAUCUCGUUCGUCUUCAACCAGACCAAGAGGGAAGUUUCAGCUGCAGGACCGCUCUCGACGAAGUCUCUAAUGUGGAAAAACUUGCAGCCUCACCACCAGCCACCUACAAUACACCAAUGAUGCCCCACUACAUCCUAUUCCCGUCACUCGAGAGCAUGCGGAAAGUCAACCUUUCCUGUGCCAUUCAACCUGAAGCUCUAAAAGAGAACUAUCGAGUAUCGUGGCGUAGAGUAAAACCUACUCCUACUUCUUACAGUGACAAUACAUUCAAUAUAACAGUGACUGAAAUGACAGAGAUGUCAUCAAUUCCUUCUGAGUACCGGUGUAUUGUUAGCAUCGAUCAUAGCAGCACCAUACAAGAUGAGGACUACAACCCACCUAUAGUUGUUGUUCAUAAGAGAGUAUUGUCCACCCUGAGUGGUGAGAUUGGAGAUGUAUCAGUAGCUACUGGAGAACCGGCUACCUUUGUCUGCAACGCUCUAAAACAAGACACAUCCUUUUCAAUCAGUUGGAAGGUUGACAGUGAGACGUUCACUUGUGGUGCAAGCUCGGAAAACAUUCCAUGCUACAUGAAUAAUGAAACUUCCAGUGUGCUCCAAAUAGAAAACACCACAGCUUUGGGUGUUAGGAGCCACGUCGUUGAGUGUAUUCUGCAGAACGUCGUUCCGGAAGAGUUUCGGGGAGAUUGUGUCUUGCUCCCUCGGGGCUCUUGUGAUGUCACAAAAAGUGCCACUCUGGAGAUUAGCAACGGUCCUACUCCUCCAACUGUUACUAGCAGACAAACGUCUACUCUUCAACCAUAUAAGGUUGGAGUAAUAAUUCUCUCUCUCAUUGUCUUGGUUCAAACUGGUCUGCUAGUGGGAGCACUUGUGAAAAUAGUUCUUCUUACAAAGAAAGGAUCAGAGAAGAAGACAAGAGAAGAGAGGUUGGAGAUGGAUGUCAAUGUGGCUUAUUGCACUCCUAAGGAGAUCAUGUCACUCAGAACCAGCAAAAAACAGAUAUCAUAAACAGAAACGAAGUUAGCUAGCCUUACACGGUACAAAAUCGUUUAGGCGACGCCCCUGACCAUUUGCGCAUUAUUUUUAUCGCGCUAAGCGGCAGUAAUGCCGUGUUCAAUAGUUAUUAUUGCAUACACCUGUAAAGGCAGCACAUAAAGAAAAUAAAAAGGACAGAAAUAUAGUAAAACAAAGCUAGGAACUAUAAUUGGUG